AUGAUUGAUACAAAGAAAAUUGAAAGCUUGCAUACCUUGUUGGAAUACCUAGAAGAGGCAAAAAUAAUGGCAAGUAGUCAAUCGGAUCAACGCUCUUCAAAAAUUGGGAUUUAUCCAGUUAAUGUGGACGGUGGUUACAAUGGUGGUUACAAUUGUGGUUUGGGUUGUUCCCAACAACAUGGUUUAGGUUAUUGUCCAGCAUUUAAGAAGAUGAAAGUGAAGGAAAAGUGGGAAGUGGUGAUUCAGUCCAAGAGAUGUAAAAAAUGUCUGCGAACUGGACACAGACACCAACAGUGUUCGCAAAAGGCAUGCGAUAUCAACAGUUGUGGAAGACCACAUCAUUACCUAUUGCAUAAAGAUCCAAAACAAGUGGACAAUGGCAAUCUGAACCAUGAUGCACAACCAUUCAAACCAGAUCAAGAGCUACAGGCAUGGGAUAGUCCACUCGGUUGGUGCUAUUUCAGCUGGUAAUGCAGGAACUGCAAAUGUACCAACUCAAAAAGUCAAGGUGCACAGUGCCAAUGGGAACUCUAUUGAAGGACUUGCCAUGGUUGAUAGUGGUUCUAAUAAGAGUCUCAUUCGGUUUGGUUGGAGAAACAAAAAAAUUAAGAUGUAUGUUGCAGGUGGUGGGAUUAGAGUUGAAGAUUCUGCUGAGUUUGAUUUAAAGAUAUCGCCCUGUUAUGAUGAAGAUAUUGUAUUCAAUGUGAGAGCUUAUUCAGUCAAGAAACCGUGCCAAGCAGCUAAAACUGUUUCAAAGAAAGCAGUAGUCAGAUUUCCUCACCGUGUUCGAAUUGUAGAAGAUCUAGAUUUAAAUGGUGGUCCAGUGGACAUUCUAUUAGAAACAGAUCUACCGGAAGCCCAUCAUGAUUUUAAAGUUCUGACGGGUAACUCUGGUGAACCAAUUGCGAAGAAGAACAUCUUUGGUUGGUCAGUCCUUGGCAAUCUUGAAGAGAAUAGUACACCUGGAAUUUUUGCUGUCGAAACCAUUGACGACAUAACAAAGGGCCAGGACAUAAAGAAAUUAACUUUCCAAGAUCAAUUAACAAUCAAACCAACUGGUUGCUGUACAUGCUCUGAGAAAGAAAUGCGAGAAUGUGCAUUCAUUCGACAUGUUCGGUUGAGUCUACUAGAGUUUUGGAUGAUGGAAGAAUUGAAGUAAGAAUGCCUUGGAAACCAGAACAUACCAAUCUACCUAACAACCGAUCUGUCCCGUUCGAAGGAAUAGCUUUGGUCGACAGAGAAGUGGUCAUUAAGCUGAAACAAGAGGAAGUAAACCCAGAAGAGCCGGCUUGGUAUCUACCGAUUGGAGAAGUGGAAAGUCCCGACAAGACUACCAAGUGCAGAUUAGUUUUUGAUGCAGCAGCCAAAAUGGACGGACUUUCCCUCGAUGAUGCUCUUGAAAAAGGACCAUGUCUUAUGAAUUCCUUAUUUGAUGUUUUGAUUGGCUGGAGACAGAAUGGAGUCGCCUUUGCUGGAGACGACUCGAAGAUGUUUAAUGCUGUCCAUCCGGAUGAUCAGAAAUAA